AUGUGUGAUACACAGGAGGUUUAUCCCCUUGCUAGGGACGUGGCGGAGUCGAGUCGAAUAUGGCUAUUCGACACCCAAACCCAUCUAAACGCCAAAAUCCCCAACUCUCCACCUCGCACUUUCCACGGUUUCGACAUCUCCGACGCCCAGUUUCCCCAUUCUACACCCGCGGGAUUUGAACUCUCAGUCCAGGACGUCCUGAAACCGUUUCCGCCCGACCACCACAAUCGCUACGACUUGGUGAAUGUCAGGAUGCUGGUCGCUGGGCUCGCGGAGAAGGAGUAUGCGACUGCAGUAGAGAAUCUAGUUGCUAUUCUAAAACCUGGUGGAUAUUUGCAAUGGGUAGACCUAGACUGCAUCGCCGUUCCCAACUCGAAAGACACGCAAGACACCCGGGCCACGACCGUCGUAUCUACAUGGCUGAAAUUCUUCGAGCUGAACAAACUCAGUAUAUCUGCACCAAGUACAGUAGUAGAUGCAUAUAAGAAAUCUGCAUUACUGGAUACCGUCAACACGUCGUUCCGACUAGACAAUCGCGGGGAAGAUCUGAAGGCCAGGGCAUGCAAGUGGCAGCUGCAAGCUUUCUCGGCUGUUAUACCGCCAGUUAUGUUGGCGACGAGGAGAGCGAAGGAUGCGGAUGAGGCGAGGGAGAAGACGUACGAGGCGAUUCGGGAGUUAGGGCUGUAUUUUGAGGCCGGUGAGGUUGUAGGGCUUGCGUUUGGGAGGGUUGUUGGGAGGAAGGCUGGAUAG